AUGCAGAUCUUCGUGAAGACUCUGACGGGCAAAACCAUCACCCUUGAGGUUGAGGCAUCGGACACGAUCGAGAAUGUAAAGGCCAAGAUUCAAGACAAGGAGGGCAUCCCACCUGAUCAGCAACGUCUCAUCUUUGCUGGUAAACAAUUGGAGGAUGGACGCACACUCGCCGACUACAACAUCCAAAAAGAAAGCACCCUUCAUCUUGUUCUCCGACUUCGUGGAGGUAUCAUCGAGCCGUCGCUUCGUCAGCUCGCCCAAAAGUACAACUGCGAGAAGCAAAUCUGCCGUCGCUGCUAUGCUCGUCUCCCACCACGUGCCACCAACUGUCGCAAGAAGAAGUGCGGACACUCGAACGACCUCCGCAUCAAGAAGAAACUUAAA